UGCAAAACUACUUUGUUGCCAAGCGGUGUCCCUGUGUGAUGGACAGCACACAUUCGUUCGCAAGUAAGGCGUACAGCACAGAACGACAGAAACUCUCCACUAAUCAUACGCACAGAAAUGCGGGUUCGUCGAUGAAGGACAAGCUGUUAUCCAAUGAUGAACCGAGGAGGGGCAGGACUUCCGUCCAAUUGCCCAUACCGGAACUCUUUCUGGAGACAUCAGUCCCCCCUAUUUGAUGUGUGGAUAUUCGUAAAUUUUGUUGAUACUACGUUUCGUGUCAAAAAAUUCUGGACUGCCUGGCUGUACAGCACGCGCAGAUUAUGAGAGAACGAGACGAAGGUGGUCGGCACCGCGCGAACUGAGUUUCCCAGAGUCUUCUAUAUGGGCCAUCUCCUCUCGAAAAAUGGUAACCGCGGUAACCGCCUGAAGAAGAGGAAGAGGAAGCUGCUGAAGAGGAAGAAGAGGAACUGCUUCCUGCAGGGGCCGUGCAUGCUCUGCUUCAUCGUCCACGGCAACAGCGGGAGCCUGGGCAACGGCAACGGCGGCGGCGGCGUCGGUGAGGACGACGACGCGCAGAGGUCGGAGGUCGUGAGCGGGUCCGGGUCGGGUUCCGAGCGGCUGGCGGCGCUGAGCUCGCCGGACGACUGCGCCAAGUUCCUGCUGUCGCCGCGGGAGCUCGCCAUCUGGGAGGGGCUGUCGGCCGUGCCCGCCCGCCUGGUGGUGCCCCGCGCCCUGUUCCGGGCCACGCCCGCCUGCGAGUACGCGGAGAUGGUGUGCAAGAGGAAGUGCGCCGACGUGCGCCGCUGCGCGCCCUGCAAGCAGCCGCGCUGCUGCGCCCUGCAGGAAGUGAUGGAGAACGGAGGCGGGGCCGGAGCGGGUGGGGCCAGGGACACUGCCACGGCCGCCGCCCACCGACAGCUCCCCCUCUGCCCCCUGCCUUCAUCCUCGUCCUCAUCCUCCUCGUCGUCCUCGUCAUCGUCGUCCUCGGAGGGCGUGUGCGGGACGGGGCCCCUCACAGAUUCGGGGGAGAGCCCCGGGAGCACGGGCAGCACCACGGCGGCCACGCCCCGGAGCUCCUCCCCUUCCUGCCAUCAGGACCACGCCCACGGCGACGCCCAACCUGGGGAGAAUUCCGCCGACAACUCCAGCAUCAACCACCUGCCUUCCUCCAUCCUGCUGAAGGUGUUCUCGCACCUCUCUGUGAAGGAGCGGUGUCUGAGCGUGUCUCUGGUCUGUAAGUACUGGAGGGACCUGUGUCUGGACUUCCAGUUCUGGAAGCAGAUCGAUCUUAGCGGCCUGCAGCAGGUGACGGAUGAGCUGCUGGUGAAGAUCGCCUCCUGGAAGCUGAACGUGACGGAGAUAAACCUGUCGGACUGCCGCAACGUGCAGGACCACGGCGUGUGCGUGCUGGCCUCCCACUGCCCCGGGCUGCUCAAGUACACGGCCUAUCGCUGCAAGCAGCUGAGCGACCUCUCGCUGGCCACCGCCGCCGCCCACUGCCCCCUGCUGCAGAAGGCCCACGUCGGCAACCAGGACAAGCUGACCGACGACGCGCUCAAGAAGGUCUGUCCCUGCCCCGGGCUGAGCUCGAACCAUCCCCGUUUAUUUUUAAAAACCCCAGAUUUGAGCGUGUCGUCUGGGGGAGGCCACAACGCCAUGCUAGUCAAUAGACAUUCUAAGACUGUGGCAGUGGUCGCGCUAGUGCAUAGAAUACUGCGUCUUUGGAACGCGGGACAUUUCGAAAUCUGCGCUUUAAAUUCACCUGUGUUCUGAUGAAAGUAACUGUUU